CUGACGCCAUCACAACCGUCGCAACAGCUGUAGAGACUCCAGAGCCCGUAGUAAUACAGGACGCAGUUCCUGCAACCGUUGUGGAGACUCCCCUAGCCGAAGUAACACCAGUUGCAGCUCCAGCAGCAGCGCCAACUUCUGAUACGGUCGUGGAGACUACAGCGCCGGUAGCUGAGCCGGCCGCAGCUCCAACAGCUGACGUUGAAACUCCUGUUGCUGAUCCAGUUAAUGAUCCGGUGAUAGCCCCCGAAUCUGUUGUGGGUACUCCAUCUGCAACAGUGGCAGCUUCUGCAUCGGUGGAAGCCCUUGCAGCAGUCAUAGAGACUGCAGUACCCGAAACAGCAGCAGUGGCAACUACGAUAACUGAGCAAUUGGCAGCUCCUGCUGCGGUCGCGGAGACUACAGUGCCAUUAGCUGAGUCAGCGGUAGCUCCAGAAGCUGUAGUUGAGACUCCCUCUUCGACGGCAGCCCCCGUAGCAGCUCCAGUGAUAGCCGGAGCUCCCGUAGCAGUCUUGGAGACUCCAGAGGCUGUCGUAGAGGAACAAACUCCGGCAACAGAGCCGACGGAAACUCAAUCAAAUGUGGUGGAGGCAGCAACUCCGGUAGUUGUGUCGGAAGCAGAUGCAGUGGAGGUGCCUGCAGCAGUUGUGGAGACUCCGGCACCAGUAGAGGCUACUGUGGCAGCCCCAAUACCGGAACCGGUCGUGGCACCCAUCGCUGUCGUGGAGACUUCUGAACUUGCGGCCACUCCUGCUGAGGAGACUUCAGUCCCUGUAGAGACUCCAUCAGUGCCAGCAGCUGUCAUGGAGACUCAAGAAGAGCCAGCAGCUAUUGUGGUAGCUCCAUCUGAGGAGACUUUAGCACCCGUUGCAGAAUUAGUGGCAGCCUCAGUGGAGACUCCAACUCCGGCAACAGAGCUCACAGAGACUCAAACAACUGUCGUAGAGACCCCAGUUCCAGACUCAGAAACUGCUGCAUCUCCAGUGGCUGUCGAAGAGAGUUCAGAGCCAACUCCAGCGGUUGUUGAGGAGACUCCUGCUGCGACAGCCGAACCUGAGGGAACUCAAGUAGAUCCUGAAGAGACUCCAUCUCCAGCUGCAGAGCCUGCGGCAGCCACUGCCAUUGAGACUUCUGCUCCAGUAGAAAUUCCAGUAGCAGAAGUGGAGACACCUGCGGCAGAUCCAGCGGUGACUUCAGAAGCCGUCCCAGAAGCAGCGGCAGAUCAAGUAUCGGCUGAGGAUUCAACAGUUGUUUCCGAUUCAGAUGUGGAUCCGUCGGCAGUUGUGCCCGUGGCAAAGAUACAUCCGACGCGCAGGGAUCUGAAUACCACAGAUCUAUCGCUGCUGGCCAUUGCGGCUACCCUAGACGCCAUAUCCGACAAGCUGAAGGAUCAGAGAGCUCGCAACCAGGAGGUGCUGGAUCGCAUUUGCGAAAUAGAGAAGAUUUUGGGCGUCGCCCAGAAGUAACUCUUCCAUAUAUCUAGCAAUUGUUGAAUUUCUCGAAACUCAUAAAUAAAGUAUAUUCGCGGACUGCCUUA